GCCAAUUCCCUCCUUUCCAUCCUUCCUUCACCAUGUCGGCCAUCGGCGCGUUGAAGAAGCUUGACCAGCAAAAGAAACCCGACUCCACCCCCGGCGGUAUUCUCGGCUUGUUGCAAUCGACCGUCGUCAAGCGAGCGCGCGAGACGUUCACGUGGUCGACCAAGCAGUUCUGGAAGUGGUACCAAUUUGGCGGUCGCUAUACGUGGAUCAUCGCGACCACGUUGUUGUUCACAGUGAUUCCUUUGGGCAUGGAAAUCAUGCGGGAAGGUGACGUGAAGGAAGUGGAAGCUCUCCGUGUCCAAGCCCUCAAGGCGCAAGGGUACACUGCCGGCCAAAUCGCGCAAAUGGGCUACGUGGAUGCGUCCACGGCGUCGUUAACAGAAGCCCUCCAAUAGAUUUCGCAUUAUCUCAAUUUAGACUCGUUGUAUUCACGACUUAGUCAAUUUGUACCAUCGAUUCUCACAAUUCAACGGGGAGCAACGCAAUUUGCUCCCAACAAAAGGCAUCUCAAUUCCGUUGGAGCAGAACCAUGCCCACGUCGCGCGAGUGAUG